UGAACAACUGCUGCAAUAUAAUAAUAAAUUCAGUUUUUAGAAUAUUUUCAGUGUUUUAUUGGAUUUUGUUUUAUUAUUAUUAUUAUCAUCAUUUUAUUUUCAUUGUUUUUGUUCUGUCACUGUCAUUCUCUUGCACUGUGGAAGCUUCUGUCACAAAAAACAAAUUCCUUGUAUGUGUUAACACACCUGGCAAUAAAGCUCAUUCUGAUUCAGAUUAUUGUAUGCAAAUCAGCCAUGUCUGACAAUGUUCUGCAUCUGGUUUUGUUUUGGCCAUCUGUAGGAACUGUUGUGAACAAACGCUUCACUCGAAACCGCAAGCUUCCUCCCACAGUGGCCAGGCGUCGUGGACAGGGGGUCAUCUCUGGUUUGGCUGCGAGAAAAAAUGCUGUCCUGUAUAAAGGGAUCAGUCCACUCAACCGACCCGUCCAGAACAGACCUGCUCCAAACAGUGCAGCUGUCAACAAAGUAAUGUACUCGAGAGUUAGAAUACUCCGACUGCUCAGCAAACACAUAGAGAAGCACGACAGGCCUCCUUCCUCUUCAGAAGAGGAAUCAAAAUGCACCAGUAAGCUGGUUCCUGUUGUAACUCUCACUUCUACAAACAGCAGUGGCAUCCUCACUGUGUCAAUAGACAACCCCACAGCUAGAACACAGCCGAGACGCUCCGAUAAGAUGCCACACAUAUUUCCCAUCCAUUUGUUUCCGUCUUGUCAUGUUAGUUUGGCAGGUUUGACCUUUCCAGCAUGUUGUGAAUGUGAGUCUGGGAACACAGAAGUAAUGAUGUUUGGUUUGGCUGCGCACAGGCCGGCUCAGUCCUGGUCCCUGCACCCCGUGACUCCAGCACGCUCCUCACCUCCUCCAGAGGAGCCCAAGAGGAAACCUCCUAAACGAGUCGCCCUGCAGUUUGAUAUUAACAGUGUUGGGAAACAGGUAGUGACCCUGGACCACGAAAACAGUCAGAAGAGUCCUUUUUUUUAAAUUGAAAUUGAUGCAUAAUCCGAAAACUGAAUGAAUUAGAUUUCAUUUGAUAGAAAUCUUGAGGGUGGAGAGAACAACAAUUUGAUUUGUCCAAUAAUUCGUUUGAAUCACUUUUUUUUUUCAAAUCCAAAAAACUAAUUACUUAAUGGAGGAGACUCAUCAGAGAGUGGAUAUACCAGUUCUCUGGAGGAAAAGACUGAUUUGUUUUUUAGUUUAUUUUUCAAAAAAGCUGCCAUUCUGUCUUCACAAAGCAAGAAUUAACUGUUGUCCCCGAGUUUACGUUAAAGUUGUCAUCACCUGAACCGCCCUUGGUAUGUGAUGGCAUUCUGAUAUUUUUUAUUUUUUUAUAUGCAUAAAGAAGUUGCAGCUCUAUGACUUUAAACAUUAGACUUGUUU